GCUCUCGGCAGUCGGUCCUCGGACCUAUAACCACUGCGCGCGCUCUCUCUGUGUCUGCAAGUUGUUAGUGGCGUCUGUCAUUUCUCUGUAGCAAACGUUCUCAGUUGGUUGAUUUUCUUUUUGUUAUAUUAAAUUUAAUUUCUAAGGUUGAAGAAGUUGAAAAUUCGUUGUAGGACCUCAAGAACUUUGUGGUUCGACUUGAUAUUGAGUUUGUGUGAAUCUUUUGGAAUUUGGGAGUUUGAGAUGGAGAGAGACUUCUUAGGUUUGAGUUCAAGAAAUGUGUUGCCCGCUGUUAAAGAAGAGAUCACUGAUGUAUGCAAGUAUCAUUCAGUACCGGUUAGAGCGUCAGCUAUGCAGUGGUCAUUCUCAAACAAGGUUUCUGCCCUGCCCCAGUUCCUGUCUUUUAAGGCUGCUCAAGAAGAUAGGUCCCGGAAGACAGGUUAUGAUUCACUGACAUCAACUGGAUUCAUGACCAUAUCAAGUGCGGAAGCUUUUGAGUCGAAUCACAAACCAUACUCUCCGAUCGUGCAGAAAAACUUGACUCUUGAUAAGCAAGCAGGAAGUGGAACCCAUUAUUCUGUGACAACCUAUCCUCCACAACACUUUGAUGCACAUUCAGUUCAUCGUCCUCAUGAAGUCAAGCUAUUGCCGAUUUCCAACCAUACAAAUCAAAUGAUUUCUGUGUCCAUGAACACUCCUGUUCAUCAAUCUUUCCUUGCUUCUGCGGGACAAAACCCUGUCCCGAUUGUUCCCAAUCACAGUUCCAUCGUUGGUACCACUGAUUUAAGGAAUGCUUCCAAGACCUCUGGGGCUCCUGCUCAAUUAACCAUCUUUUAUGCUGGUUCAGUGUGUGUUUAUGACGAUGUUUCUCCUGAGAAGGCUCAAGCUAUCAUGUUGUUGGCUGGAAAUGGGCCUUCUGUGACACCUGCUACAACAAUAACUACAGCUCAAGUGCAGGCAGCGAUGCCUAGGCCUUCUGUAAGUGAUGGUUUUGUUGGGAAUCAGUCCCGUAACACGCCACCUUGCCUGGGUCUUCUGAGCCCUAUUUCUGUAACCUCCCAUGCUGGUCCUCAGUCUGCAGCAGGAUCCAACAAUACCAAUGACAUAACAGCAGUGAAAUCAAUAGCUCCUAACAAACCGGAGCCUACUAAAGUUGUCUGUUCAGUAGGAUCUGUUCAUGCUACCAUGAUUCCACCAGCUGUACCUCAGGCUCGUAAAGCAUCCUUGGCUCGAUUUUUGGAGAGGCGCAAAGAGAGGGUAAUUAGUGCAUCUCCGUAUGUCUGCAAGCAAUCUCCAGAUUGCAGCACACCUCGAUCCGAAGGCAGGAGUUACUCUAUGAACUCCGCAGGUUCUUGUCCUUUCCCAUCCAUCAAUUAGCAAUUAAGGGCAGUGUGACCAAGAAUAGCAAGAGGAACCAUGAGACCAUCUUCAGUUAUUUGUUUACAUUUUUUCAUUUUAUUCUUUUCCAGUUCAAAUUUUCCAUUAAAAGUCUCUUAGAUAUGGUUUUAGCUCUUUUUGUUUUUGCUUGUGAUCGGAGUCUUUUCAUCCGAUAACACUAGAAACACUUGUUAUUUUCCAUUGUGUUGUAAAAAUCUUAUUUCCACACAAUCAAUAUAUUAUUUGUUUUCCUCA